AUCCUAUACACUUCCUUCCUCUCUAUACACUGGGCCUCUCUAGCCUCUCUUAUCCUCUCUCUAAGAUCCCCUUCUCCGGCUUUCGACGGUUCACGGCGUUUCCAAAUCAACCUCACGGCAUAGUCCGUUAUGCCAAGGACGGUUGGAUGUUGUUCUAUCCCAAGGAAAAUGAUUCCCGCGCAUUGAAUUUCUACAAUCCUCAAUCAAAUGAGGUUGUUGAGCUCCCAAAGAUACUAUCUGAUGAUCUGGUCCAUAUGGCUGCGUUCCCAGACCCGCCAACUUCGCCAAACUGCACCGUAUUCUUGCUGCUCAUUACCUUCCCGGAUGCUUCUCCCGAUGUCCUUAUUUGGCGCCCGGGCGAUAUAUUGUGGACCAUUGUUGGAGUAUACCAAAAGACAUCGAUCCAUCACCUCCACUUGGAUAAAUGUCGUGGUUUGCAACGGGAACUUCUACUAUAUGAACAUCGAUGGCUAUACCGGCGAAUUCUUUCUAGUGCGCACUUAUGGCGUGGCGCAACCCCUAGUCUACAAGUCGGAUGGGAUCAGCUGCACAUGGAAGAGGGUGAAGCACUUAGACGGCGCGACCUUUUCCACGAGCACCACGACAUCCCUCAUCCGGGAUGAUCUCCCCGAUCUGAUGAAGAACUGCAUUUAUUUCCCCGAGCUUGUGGACGAUGGGAGGCACUGUCUCGUCUAUUCCAUGAAACUCAAGAAGUUCUAUAGGAAAACGCAAAAGUUGGAGCGGUCGAAGAUGGAAUUUCUCGACGGCGCAUGGAUGGACAUCGGCCGUAGUGAGGUUCCGGCGAUGGGAGAAAGGGACGACAUUGCCCGUAUGAAUCGGAGUUCGUUGCUUAGAAGGGGCCGGAAGCAUCUAGAAGCAUUUGGAACGGAGUUCGUUGCUUAGAAAGUAAAAUUUUAGUUUAUGGGAUAUUAUUUUCAAUUUUAUUAUAUAAUUUUGUGCGAUUAUAUUUACUUAUGCCUCGAUUAUUUACUAUUAUCUUAUAAAUCACUGGUCGAUAAUGUG